AGCCGAUCAGGAGGAGCAGCUCAAGUUUUCCUCGAGGACAAACGGACUCAAACUACCACGACACUUUCUGCCUGAAGACUUUUACACCUCCAACAUUUCCGGAUGAAGAAGUGAAUCAGUCAUCGCAGUCAUGGCUGUCCAGACCGGCAUCCAGGUGUGGUUCGGCGAGAAGUUUGACGCCCCCUUGCUGAGCCCCCGGAGCCCUCGCAGCCCGUUGGCACAGCGGCACGGCCCCGGCCUCACGGACGUCUUCCAGUAUGACCAGUGGCUGGCAGUGCGGCACGAGGCCAACCUGGUGCCCAUGCAGGAGGAUCUGGCCAUCUGGCUCACCGGCAUGCUGGGGGAGGAGGUGCGAGCAGAGUUUUUCAUGGAGGAGCUGAACAACGGCGUGAAGCUGUGCCAGCUAAUCGGCGUGCUGCAGACCAAGAUCGCCCAGAGCUGCCCCUCCGCGCUCGGCAAGCUGUUCCCCACGAGGAAGGUGGCUUGUAAGCGCGACGCCUCCCCGGGUUCCUUCUUCGCCCGCGACAACACGGCCAACUUCCUGGCCUGGUGUCGACACAUCGGAGUGGAGGAGACCUACCUGUUUGAGUCCGAGGGCCUCGUGCUGCACAAGGAGCCUCGGCAGGUGUGUCUCUGUCUGCUGGAGAUCGGCCGCGUCGUCUCCAAGUACGGCGUGGAGCCCCCGGUGCUCGUCAAGCUGGAGAAGGAGAUCGAGCUGGAGGAGACGCUGCUGCGGACGGAGGAGCCGCCGCCGGCCGUCAAGACCUUCAGCGUGUGCUGCCAGCACGGCGGCCUCUACCAGCCCGGGGAGCACGGCAUGGACGACCCGCCCUGCAACUGCUCCAACAGGGUUUCUAUUGAGUACCUGUCUGAGGGACGCUACAGACUGGGGGACAAGACCAUCUUUAUCAGGAUGCUUCAUGGUAAACACGUGAUGGUGCGUGUGGGCGGCGGCUGGGACACGCUGCGUGGUUUCCUGACCAAGUACGACCCUCUGCGGGUGCUGCAGUUCACCACCCUGGAGCAGAAGAUCCUGGCGUUUCAGAAAGGCCCCCCCGGACUGGGAGGCCACCACGGCAACGCAGCUCCCCCUCCUCCCCCUCCUGACAUGGACCCUCUCGCCGCCGUCAACGACCUCAUCUCCUCCUCGUCCUCCUCGUCCUCGUCCUCCGCCUCCGCCUCCUCGUCUUCCUCCUCCUCUGGCUCGGCCUGCAAGCAGACGCCUGCGGGUCAGGUGGGUCGGCUCCACGCCGCCUCUCCGGCCUGCACGCCCACGCUGCCCAGGAGAGGUGCUGCGACGGCGGCCAAGAAGAACCUCCAGAUGACGCCCUCCUCCCCGAGGAAGCCCACCCAGCUGCCCCUGCCCAUCGUCUCCAAAGGCUCCUCCUCUUUGCCCUCCACGCCUGUGGGGAGCUCCUCCAAACUGUCUCCCGGUCUGGGGUGUCCGGGAGCGCAGGUCCACCGCAGAGCUCUGACUCCAACAUCAGCUCCAUCAUCUGUCGCCACUGAUCCAACUCCCACCUCCAAGCUGAAGCUCCGACCGUCGCCACGCGGUACUGCCGCUCAGCCAAGGAGCCCCGUCUGCCCGGAGCCAUCCUCCAAACUCCCCAAACCCUCCAGCCCCUGCGCCUCCCCCACCACCACUGUGCCUCGCCCCGUCACUGCACCAGCACGGGCCCCCACCCCUAAAGAUGGCCGCCCCCCAACGGGCGCCAGCCAGCGCUCUCGCCUUGCACAGCGCCGCCCCGGCUCCCCGGCCUCACGCCACCGACUAGAGGCCGCCAGGCGAGCGCGGAUAGCCACGCGAGCCACAGCUGCAACGAGCUCCAGAGCGGCAACGCCACAGUCCAACACCCCCUCCAGCUCCCGGGCAGCCUCCCCGGCGCUGCCAAAACCCACCAGCUCCCUGCCAAAGGACAAAGAGGCCAAAGCCAAGGGGCCGGCCCCCACCAAGGCUGCCGCGCCUCCACGAGGUACCGCUGCUGUCCCCGGGCGGGUCCCAGGGGGCGCCACCGGCCCCUUUCCCACCAGCAAAGCAAAUCAGAAGACACCAGCCACGGCUCAGACAGCUGGCCGAAAACAAGCCGCCGCCACGACGACUAACCCCACCCACACAAAGUCAACUCUAAAAGCCGAACCUCCUGCAGGACGAGCCGUGGCCCCGCCGAAAUCCAGCCCCAGCGUGAGAGACGCCAAGGCCGAGCCCGGCGUCGGCACCAAGACCCCACAGUGCAGGGCCAAGAGGGACGAGCCUUAUUUUGAAAUGAACAACAGGAGGUGGCAGAGGACGUAAGACGGCGUCCUGGAAAAGACUUUGCCAAAACCACAAGGCUGCUGACGCGGCUCCUCCUCACAAACCAGCACUUGGUGGAGCUCGGACUCUUCGAGCAAACGGAUAAAUUAACGUUUGUCAAUAAUUGUCGUUACAAAGUUUAUCUCUUAAAAUUUUUUUGUCUACAAAUUAAUUUUUCUUGGUUGAUGAUUCUUCGGUGUUAUUUAAUAGUCUUUUAUUUUUCUAAUCCAAAAGGGUCAAAGAUGUCACGUGUUUGUUUCUGGUGACGAAUUAAUUGUCUUUCUUUCUUUCUUUUCUUUCUUUCUUUUCUUUCUUUUCUUUCUUUUCUUUCUUUUUUUUCUUUUCUUUUCUUUUCUUUUCUUUUCUUUCUUUCGUUCUUUUCUUUCUUUUAUAUGAUCCCGAUAAAACACAACAACUUGCACAAUGUUUACAUAUCCACCUGCGUUACACGAGUACAGCAGUUACAUUUUAUUUGUGUGACUUUUAAACAACAACAACAACAGACGUUUGUAGAAUAUUCCCCUCAGCGUUUUUUAUUCAGCGAGGCCACAGGACACAGCCAUGACGCACUUAGGUGAACCUUUUAUUGCCGUGUUUUCUCCAUGUUACCAAACUUGUUGUUUUUUGUGACACAACUGGAACACAAAUCCUUAUUUUCUCCUUCCCCAGUGAGAACAGGCUUUCCACUGGUGUGGGGGGGGGGUCAGUUACACUUUUUUUUUUAUUAUGUUUGUCUAAAUGACAAUAUCCUGGUGGUGACGUUUUGUCCCGAUGGCGCCGAGCAACGCGUCAUCGGGAAGCGGUCCUCUCCUGUCGUGUGCCUUCAUCAGAAACCCCUCUCUCUGGUUUCUGAGCGGCAUUAGAAUGUAUUA